CCGCCUCCGGGCCAUAGUUGGCUGAAUUCCCUCGUGCGAUUAGUAGCAGCGAUUCCCAUCAGGACAAGAGCAUCAUCGUGCGCGUUUUAUUGCAAUUGUAUUUUUCUGCCCCGCUCCCAAGUUGCUGUUGGCGAUGACCACACGAUCCGGACGAACGGCGGUGAUGUUGUACUUUUUCUGUGAGCUGGCAACUCGUGGUUUUUCAUUGACCCUGCAGGACCAUCAAACGCUAACAAAUGAACCCAAUUGUGGCACGAGAUCAAGCGAUUUUCCUCCAGCCAGAUGGCCCUUCCACGUGGCACUCUAUUACACACUAUCUCCCUAUCGAAUGUACUAUCUCUGCGGGGGUACGAUUGUGGGCUGGCAAACGGUUAUUACCGCGGCGCACUGCGUUGUCGGUCGGCACGAGGGGGAAACGAUGAACCGGACAGUGCUUUCGAUCAGAGCCGGGGUCUUCGAACUGGACUGGAACCACAAUCCGAAUGACACUGCGUUCGAUGUGGCGGAGAUAAUUCUCCACCCGGAAUAUGACAUGAAAAAUCUGCGGCACGACGUGGCAGUGCUGAAGGUUGACGGCAGGCUCACAUUCAACGAGGUGAUUCGACCGGCUUGUUUAUGGCCGGCGGAGGAUGAUGAUUUGCAACAGAUUGAGAGAUCCGUUGGUACUGCCAUUGGAUGGGGUGUUGACGGAACGGAACAGUUUUCAAGCAUCUUGAGGGAAAGUACAAAUAAUUUGGUUUCGAUGGAGCGGUGCCUGGAACAGUAUGGGUACAUUUUAGACAAACUCAAUGGGACUGUGUUCUGUGCAAGAACAGAAGUUUGCAGCGGCAGCGGCGGUAGUGGUUUGUACGUUCAACGGGAAGGAAAAUUCUACCUUAGAGGCAUUGUUGUGUUUGGGCCAACUACUGGGUAUGGCCGAAGAUGCGGCGUUGAUACAAUCACCGCAUUUGCAAAUAUUGCAUUUUAUAGCGAAUGGAUCCAGCGUACGGCUGCAGAGGAUGGACGUUGAAAACUUGAGUUAUGUAGUUUGCAUAUAUUGAAUUCAUCAUUGGCAAUAUAUAUCUAGAUGUUUAUCCUGAAUCAGAAACUGUUUGCAAGAAUAGCAGGGAAUCUCAUCACACAAUCUGUACAUGUUGGAUAUACAAUAAACAGCAUA